AUGGAAAUUGAAGAAACAAAUAAAUAGUAAAAUUAAUAAGAAAUUGAAAUAGAUCAAACUCAUCAAUAACCUAAUAUCACUUAAUGUGGUUCAGUUUAAGUUAGCCAAAUAAACUAAGAUUAGUAGAAUUCUUAACAAAUAGCUAAUCAAGAUCUAGAAUAGUAAAAUUUACAAUCAAAGCCAAAGAUAGCUUAUAAAAAAAUGGGAGUAGAUUUACCAAUUAACAAUGACGAAUCUGAAUUGUAUUUAGUAGGAAAUAGAAUAGGCAAGUUGGAAGGCCUUGAAAAUUGUAAUAAUUUGACAGUUUUAUGCUUAAGAAAUAAUCUGAUUGCAAAGAUUGAAGGAAUUUCUCAUUGUACUUCUUUAUUAGAGUUAGAAUUGUAUGAUAAUAAAUUAACUAAAAUUGAAGGUUUAGAAACUUUAGUAAAUUUAAAAGUAUUGGAUCUAUCAUAUAAUAAUAUUAAGAAGAUAGAAGGAUUAGAUACACUAAAGUAGAUAGAAAAAAUAUAUUUACUAUCUAAUAAGAUAAAAGUCAUUGAAAAUAUAGAUUUUCCUGAGUGCACUAUGUUGGAAUUAGGAGCAAACAAAAUAGAAAAGAUUUAAAAUCUAGAUAAGCUUCCCAAAUUGACCGAACUUUAUCUAGGUAAAAAUAGAAUUCAAGUCAUUGAAAACCUAGAACCUCUUAAGGAUACUCUAAAAACACUAGCUCUCACAGCAAACAGAAUUAAAUAUAUUGGAAAUGGAGUUUCUUGUCUAGAAAACCUUUCUGAGCUUUAUAUUGCUGAAAACUUUAUCACCUAAAUAGAAGGUUUGGUUAACUUCCCUGAUCUUUAUCUUUUGGAUCUUUCAAUGAAUAAAAUCAAAAAAUUAGAAGGAAUUACAAACCUUAAAAAUUUAACUGAAUUAUGGUUAAAUAUUAAUGAGAUAGAAAACUUCUCUGACUUAGAUAUCUUGAAGGAAAAUGAUCUUUUGGAAACAGUAUAUUUGGCAGGUAACCCUGUAUCAAGAUUCCCUUCAUAUAGAUAAAAACUUAUGGAAAUUCUACCUAAUAUUUAAUAGAUAGAUGCUACUCCUAUUAAAAUUAGUUACUAAAUAAAAUAAAAAUGA